AUGGAUUAUUUAGUCUUCGCAAAAGAAUACAAAAAUAUAAUUCCUGAUAAUGUCAUUAAGGCUUACGAAAUUAGUCAAAAAAGUGUCAAAUUAGAAAAUAAGGGGACAUCUGACGAUUUAUAUGUAUUUGUUGAUAACUCGAAUUUCUUUAUCCAGGCAUAUCAUUCCAUUUGUCGAAUUGAGCAUAUGACUGAGAACUCUAAAAUUUUUCUUGAUUAUGGAAGGCUUGCUUGA